CGAGUUUGAAAAGUCGGGCGGGCGGCGGGGCGGGUCUGCGCCUGCGCGGCGGGCGGCGCGCUUGGAGCUGGCGACGGUGGGGCGGCUCUGGCGGCGGCGGCUCUGGCGGCGGCGGCGAUGGGCAGCGGCGGCGUGAUCCACUGUAGGUGUGCCAAGUGCUUCUGUUACCCCACCAAGCGGAGAAUCAGGAGGAGACCCCGCAACCUGACCAUUCUGAGUCUCCCUGAAGACGUGAUCUUUCACAUCCUGAAAUGGCUUUCCGUCGGGGACAUCCUUGCUGUGCGCGCAGUGCACUCCCACCUGAAGUUCCUGGUGGACAACCAUGCGAGUGUGUGGGCCUGCGCCAGCUUCCAUGAUCUGUGGCCUUCUCCCAAGAACCUGCAGCUCUUCGAAAGGGCUGCUGAGAAGGGGAAUUUUGAAGCCGCCGUGAAGCUUGGCAUAGCCUACCUCUACAACGAAGGCCUGUCUGUGUCUGACGAGGCCCGCGCAGAAGUGAACGGCCUCAAGGCGUCGCGCUUCUUCAGCCUGGCCGAGCGGCUGAACACGGGCGCCGCGCCCUUCAUCUGGCUCUUCAUCCGCCCGCCCUGGUCCGUGUCGGGGAGCUGCUGCAAGGCCGUGGUCCAUGAGAGCCUCCAGGCCGAGAGCCAGCUGCACAGAACUCACAGGGCAUCCAUACUGCACUGCCUGGGCAGAGUGCUGAGUCUCUUUGAGGACGAAGAGAAGAAGAAGCAGGCCCGGGACCUGUUUGAAGAGUCUGCCAACCACGGCUGUCUGACCAGCGCAUACCUCCUCUGGGAAAGUGACAGAAGGACGGAUAUGUCAGAUCCCGGAAGAUGCCUCCACAGCUUCCGGAAACUCAGGGACUACGCGGCCAAAGGCUGUUGGGAGGCACAGCUGGCUUUGGCGAAGGCCUGUGCCAGCUGGCACCAGCUGGGCCUGGAGGAGAAGGCGGCGGGCGAGGUGGUGUGCCAGCUGUUCCAGGCGUCCCGGGCGGCAAGCAAGCAGCAGGUGUUCUCUGUGCAGAAGGGGCUCAGCGACACCAUGAGGUACAUCCUGAUCGACUGGCUGGUGGAGGUGGCCACCAUGAAGGACUUCUCUAGCCUGUGCCUCCACCUGACUGUGGAGUGCGUGGACCGCUACCUGCGCCGGAGGCUGGUGCCCCGCUACCGGCUGCAGCUUCUGGGCAUUGCCUGCAUGGUUAUCUGCACCCGCUUCAUCAGCAGAGAGAUUCUGACGAUCCGGGAGGCCGUGUGGCUCACAGACAACACGUACAAGUACGAGGACCUGGUGCGCAUGAUGGGCGAGGUCACCUCCACGCUGGACGGCCGCAUCCGAGUCCCCACUGUGGUGGACUACAAGGAGGUCCUGCUGGCACUGGUCCCCGAGACGCCUCGCACCCAGCACCUGUGCAGCUUCCUAUGUGAGCUGUCGCUGCUGCACACCGGCCUGGCCGCACACUCCCCCGCCCGCCUGGCUGCCGCCGCGCUGCUCCUGGCCCGGCUGAGCCACGGCCACACGCAGCCCUGGACCACACGCCUGUGGGACUUUACCGGCUUCUCCUGUGAAGACCUCACCCCCUGUGUGCUGAGCCUGCACCAGAAGUGCUUCCAUGAUGACGCCCCCAAGGACUACAGGCAGGUCUCCCUGACGGCCGUGAAGCAGCGGUUCGAGGACAAGCGCUAUGAAGAGAUCAGCCAGGAGGAGGCUCUGAGCUAUGGCCAGGUGUGUGCAGCGCUAGGCGUGAAACAGGACAGCCCGGAGCCCGCCGCCUUCCUCAGCACUGGGGACAUCCACGCCUUCCUCAGCUCUCCAUCGGGGCGGAGGACCAAGAGGAAGCGAGAGAACAGCCCCCAGGAGGACCGGGGCGCCUUUGUCACCACGCCCACCGCCGAACUAUCCAGCCAGGAGGAGACACUGCUUGGCAGCUUCCUGGACUGGAGCCUGGACUACUGUUCCGGCUACGAGGGUGACCAGGAGAGCGAGGGCGAGAAGGAGGGUGACGUCACAGCUCCGAGCGGUGUCCUGAACGUCACUGUGCUCUACCUGGACCCGGAGCAGCACUGCUGCCAGGACUCCAGCGACGAGGAGGCCAGUCCUGAGGACCAGGGCCACCGGGACCCGCCCACCUCAGCAACCGGCGGCCAGAGGGAGCCUGGUGGGGACGCCACCACUUCAGGGUACUCCUCCAUCAGCAGCGCCAGCCCCACGAACUCUGCGGAUGGGGGCCCCGGGGGCCUGCCCCGACCUACCUCAGUGCUGUCGCCAGGCAGCGACCCACACACUCAGCCCUGCCGCCACCAUGCCAGGAAGUCAUGUUUACAGUGCCGAUCCCCGAGCCCUCAAGAGAGUGGCCGUCCCCAGCGGCAGGUGAAAAGGAAGACCCUCUCUACCUCCAGCCAGGAGGAGGAAGACAUGAACUUGGGCUUCCUACAGCUGUGAGUGGUAGCAGAGGACAGGGCCCCGGACACAGCCCAUCACUGGGGGCCGUCCCUAUGACUCCACACCCUGUUCCUGGGAGGCCCAUGCCAGCCACCAGAAAGUCUGAGUAGAAGCCUCCCCUCCCCUCCGCAAAGUCCAACCUCCAAGCAAUCAUGCCAUGCUGUGUGACACUUUUCUCGGUCCCCUCCAGGGUCUGUCCAGCUUUGCCUUGAGCCCUGGCCAUGAGCAACAGCUGUCACUGAAGGCAGGUCCUCAGCCCUCCCUCAGCUUUGCUGCCUGGGCCGCUGUCAGCUCAGGCAGCAGUGUCCUGAGGCCACUGAGCCUGCGAGGGACACCUCCCUGCACCCCUCCUUCUGGGAGCAGUGUCACAGGCCCUCUGCUCCCGCCUCUGUGCUCCUUUCAGAAGUCUGUCGUCCAGAAUGCUCAGUGUCCCUGUGAAUGCUGUGUGUCUGUGCACUGAACUUCUGGGCCCUUUCUCUCCCUGUCUUUAUCUCCAUCAUUCAUUCUUCUAAGAUGAAAACGAGAGGUUGAAAAUAGAAGGCAUAAAAUAAAACACAAGAGGUGCUCCACGUUAUUUAGGCUUAACUGGGAACAAGGAAGUCUGACUCAAACCCUUCACUGCUACCCUGACACUCUGCAGAAAGGACUCUCCAGAGAUCGGCUGGACGAAUGACGGGAGGUCUGGCAUCAGAGAGCAAGCCCCUGCUGGGCACUGUGGAUGCCAGAGAGGACAGCACAUCACCCACCUUUUAUAUUGGCUGCCGCCGCCAAGGCUCCACAAGUGCAGCCCCGGGAUCGGCAGACUGGCCUCUCUGGUGGGGAGGCCUGUUUGCUCUGGAAGUGCCCGGACCAAACAGUUGGACAGGGGUGUCCCCAAAUGCACCUGAGCCGGAACUGUGGGGCUGUGGACACGCCGAUGCUCGGUGACUUUGCCCAGUGCCGUAUGUGUGUGUGCGUGUGUCCCUGUGGUAGCUGUCACUGAGCUGCCGUGAGGGUGUGUGUGCAGGCCGCCCCAGCUGUGUGCCCCUGAGCCCGCAUCAGCCUCGCCCCCUGGAAGCGGGGCCUUGGUAUCUACCUCGCAGGAGUGUUGUGAGGAUUAAAUGUGAUGAGGACA